AUGAAAGACGAGAAACACGCUCGCAAGCAUGUUACAACAGCUUGCACUCCUUGUCGAAAGACCAAAGUCAAAUGCGACGGUACCAUACCGACUUGCAGAAAUUGUCAGAGCAAGGGAAAGGACUGCAGUUAUCGCCAGCGUGAUGACAAACGGACAAUACGAGUGCGCAUUGCAGUUACAUUGCUUGCCAAACGAGUUGGCUCGCUGUCCCAAUAUAUCCGGGACUGUGGCCUUGAAGCCCCUGCUAUGGAUGGGGAGGACCAACAGAAUCUCAAAAAUAUUCUCCAAGCCCUCGGAGUAGAUUACGAAGAGAUCCGAUCGGGGUCUCGCAUAUCGAAUCACUCGGGCAAUGCCCCAGAUCAUAAUAACUACCUUGCAGGAUUGCCUCCGCAAGUUGACUUCUAUCAAGGAAGUGUGAAUGACAACUGUUCUCCUCAUUUCACGCCAGAUCCCUGUAGGAAUGGCAGGGACACGAAUGCAUCAGCGAUAAUUCUAACAAACCCGAGCCUUAGUACGGCGGAGGAAGAACUACAAGAUGACGCAGCGCUGCUAUAUCACGACAGUCAGAUUCCUUUGCCCAUGGACGCCAUGCAAGAGGCGGCACCACGAACCAAUAUACCACCAGACCCCCAGAUGCCCGAGGGUGAUCCAUGCCAUUUGCAGCCUGGUGUGGAAUGUGAUGGUCUCCCAGAUGCGGAUGCUGAUGACGAGUUUACAAACCAACUCGCUUGCCGGCUUGGGCGACUCCAAUUGACCCAGGAUGGGCAAUUGCGAUACUUCGGGUCGACAUCUAAUCUCACACUAUUAGAUGCUCUAGUCAGUGUGAAUUUACCCAGUUCAAGGAACACCCAGACACACGCACAAGAAGUCCUGGAAAAAGAAAAUCUUAAUAUCGACGUCGAUGAUAAUCUGGAAAAGGAUUUGCUUGAGCUCUAUUUUGCGUGGGAGAGCCCCUCUUUGUAUCUUGUCAACUAUGAGGUUUUUUGGAAGACGAGAAAACAAAACAAACGAGAUGGAUCAGAGUCUCCAUAUUACUCUCGGCCCUUAGUGGACUCAAUGUGUGCCUUAGGUGCUGCAUAUGUACCCAAAUUCCAUCCGGAGCUUGUUACAUUCCCCCGGUCAUUGUCAGAAUUCUUUGGUGAAAGAGCCAGAACUCUCUUAGAGUGUGAAUUCGAAAACCCAUCGCUGUCAACGAUCCAGACCCUGGUUAUUCUUAGCCACCACGAAGCAUCAAACACAAAAGACACUCGAGGAUGGCUAUAUAGUGGAAUGGCAAUGCGACUUGCCUUUGAUCUAGGCCUUCACCUUGACAUGACUCCCUAUGUGGAGAAAGGCAUCAUUUCAAUUGAGGAAUGCAGGAUGCGACGUACCAUAUUUUGGGCCGCUUAUCUUAACGAACAGUUUUGGGGCUAUUAUUUGGGUCGCUCGGUUCGUAGUCCUAUGGCCGGAGUCACGGUCCAAAAGCCCCAUUGGGAUGGCUCUCAAUCACCCGCGACAUGGAAACCAUACAGUUGCUUACAAAUCAUAACGCAAAAUCUCUAUAACCCGCUCGAGAUGAUAUGCCAAUGGUGGGUCGCCCUUUACGAUCUUAUGAUGCCACUUACCGAUGUUUUGUAUGGUUGUUCUGAGAUCUCGAAGGACGCUCUUCAAGAAUUGACGGCCAUUACCGUUGGUCGACUGUAUGAAUGGAAGAAAAAGCUACCGAAUGAUCUUGAUGUCGAUUUAACCAAAGAACGUGAGCUGUGUUUACCGCAUGUCCUCACCCUGCACACGCUUGCCGAUCUGACGGAGAAAUAA